AUGAAAUAUAGAAACACACCACACAGCACGACUGGUGAAACACCAGCAACUCUCUUCAUGGGACGAAAUUUACGCACACGGUUAGACUUGAUCAAACUGGAUAUUCGAAAGCAUGUUAUAGAGAAACAAGUCAGCCAAGCCAAACCCAAAGGUGAUAUUGCUGGUAAUGCAGUUAGUGUCAGAAAUUACAGAGAGAAGGAAAAGUGGAUUCAAGGAAUUGUGCGUGCUCGAACCGGACCAGUGUCAUACCAGGUCGAGAUUGCACCAAAUGUUAUCUGGAGGAGACACAUCGAUCAAUUACUUGCCUCGGAGAACAUAACAAACGACACUCAAGAUCUCGAACCAGUUACAGAUAUUCCAGGUUUGGCAAAUGAAAAUAAUGCUGAAGACGAAACAGCCGUGGACAUACAAGACCAGCAGGAGACUUUAGAACCAAAUCAAGAAAUGGAUGAAGUAGAACAACCUGAACAACGAUAUCCUGUCAGAAUUCGGCAUCAACCAAAUAG